GAUGUUUAACUUAAGUUUAAAUUAUCUUUUGUUAAAGUUGUUAUAUCAAAUGCUAUUUGUAAUUCCGUAAUAAUAUAUAAAACAAGUUAUUAUUAAAACUUUAUAAUAUAUUCAUGUAAUAUAACUAUAAGAACGGUUAAUUUGUAAUUUGUAGAGUCGCUCAAAGUUCUGUACGGAAAAUAUUUUUGUGAUAAGUUUUUGAACAUGUCUAAAGUUAAGUUAAAUUUAAUAGCAGCUGCCUGUGAAAACAUGGGUAUUGGUAGCAACGGAUCGCUGCCGUGGAGACUGAAAAAAGAAAUGGAAUACUUCACGACAAUGACGACUAAAGUCAAAGAUGCAUCGAAAAUCAACGCUGUGAUUAUGGGAAGGAAGACUUGGGAUUGCAUUCCGAAUAAAUACAGACCUCUGGAAAACAGACUGAAUAUUGUACUCACGCGGCAUGUGGAUGUUAUCAAAGACAAGGUCCCUAAGGAUGUUGUGGUUGUGUCCGGCUUAGAUGAAGCCAUAAGCUAUAUUAUUGAUAGGAACGAUGUUGAAUCCACUUGGGUUAUUGGAGGUUCGUCUGUAUAUCAGGCAUCAAUGGAUCAUCCAAAUUGCGGGAAGAUUUAUUUGACUGAAAUACAAAAAACUUUUGAUUGUGACACAUUCUUCCCAAACAUCAAUAGACAACGGUUCCAUCUCAUUGAUGAAGAUGAUAUACCCAGGGAUAUACAGACAGAGGGAGAUAUUAGUUACUAUUUUAGAGUUUACAAACGACUCUAACAAGAAUUUUAUUGAACAUAUUAUAUAAAUAUCUCAUGAUUUUUGCCCUCGUAACAUUAUCUCGGCUUGCUAGCUGAGGUUGAGUCAUUUUUGUUUUACAUACAAUAAAUUGUACAGUUGAUUGCCUUUUGUAUGUUUAUAAUAAAUAAACAUUCAUGUCACAAUAGAAAUGUCCUAUGUAGAUUUAUAUAUGUGCAAGAAUAUCUUUAUUUAAUAUUAUGUUUAAAAAAUAUGUAAAAUUUUAGAUAGUUGAGGAAUAGAUUUCACAUAAUCUAGUAAUGCUUGGUUGUGUUAUAACUAUAAUGGUAAGCAAUUGUUCUGAGAUAUUUUUAUAACCGCAUUGAUGAAUAACUUAGACUUGGUAUUUUUCUGUAUUUCAUAUUUUUUGAUACACUUUUUAUACGAUAUAUUCUGAGAGCACACAUUUUAUUCGAAACGAAUAUUAAAAAUUUCGGAACGCACCCGGAGUGACGUUAGAGCGAUGACAUUUGUUUUAUUCACUUUUGCGCGGGAAAAUAUUUGUCGACGCGAUUUGUGAGUGUCUUUGCAAAUUAAAUUUAACUUAUUCAAGGUUUUUUUGUUUUAAGAUAAUAAUUAAUUAGUUAACAAUCUUUAAGACAGGUUUGUUCCUAUUAUGGUUAGAUUUGUUAUUUUAAAGCUGUAGAUUUGUAAGACAACAAUAUAUUUUUAAUGAUUUUGUUCUAUGUAUGAAUUUAUACAUAUAUAUUAUAAUAAAAUGCA